AUGAGGCGCCUUGGGAGGCUCGCCGGCGCGGCCCCAUCCACCACCAUUCACCCCUUCGUUGCUUCCUCCUCUCACGCCUACUCAACAUUUUCCGGCGGCGGGCGGGGCAGAGGCCGCGGCGGCGCCUCCCCGCCGCCGCCGAUCGCCCCUGGCAAGCCGCAGCACGGAGACGGCGGUGACGAGGAGGAGGCGCCAUCCGGCAGCUCCGGCAUCGGCCAUGGCCGGGGGACUCCUCCCCUUUUCCCGUCCUUCUCCUGGACUUCCACCCUGACCCCUCCGCCGCAGCCCUCAGCCGCCGGCCGUGGGCGGGCCUCUCCGCCACCGCCGCCGUCUCCACCCCCGGGAACCGGCCGUGGUCGCGGCGCCGCCGCUGCGGAGCCGCCGCGGCCAUCCGAUCCCGCUGCCCCCAAGAGGCCCAUCUUCUUCCGCCGCGAGGACUACUCUCCCGAUCAAUUUCUGGAUCCUGACGACGGCAGGAAGCCGUCUGAAGCUGCUAGGGUUCCUCUCUCAUUCGACCCCCCGCGGGGGGGAAUGGGGAGAGGGAAGGGGUCGACCCCCGCUGCUCCUGCUCCAGCGACGCCAGAGGAGAAUCGGCAUCUCCGUCCACGGAGCCCAUCGGACCAGAGCCCGAGGAGGAGCCCUGCCAGGCAACGACCGCCGGCGGCCGCCGCGUCCCCGACGGUGACGGACCGUGCAGAGGCGACGAAGAAGGCCAUGGACGUGCUGUCCCGAGGAGGUAGGGGUCAAGGAGGGAGAGGAAUGAGAGGCAGAGGUGAGGGCGGUGGGAUGGGCUGGAGAGGAAGGGGAGGCAGAUUCGGCGGCCGUGGGCGUGGGCGUGAUCCAGACGAGUACUAUGGGACUGGACUGUUUCUAGGUGACAAUGCCGACGGGGAGAAGCUGGCCAAGAGACUGGGGGAGGAGAACAUGGCCAAGCUGAAGGAUGCCUUCGAGGAGAUGAGCAGCCGCGUGCUACCUUCGCCCAUGGAGGAAUGCUAUCUGGAGGCCCUUCAUACCAACUACUCUGUAAGAUUCUCCGACAAAAAUUGUGUCCUUGUCUGGUUCACUCGCUCUGUAAUCUUUACUUCGUCUUUCUCGAUCUGCUGAGAGCUUGGAAUUUUCUGCUUCUGUAGUUCGAAUUUGAACCAGAGUACCACAUGGUUUUUGCCAACCCUGAUGUCGACGAGAAGCCACCGAUUCCUCUGCCAGAAGCUCUCGAGAAGAUGAAGCCAUUCUUGAUGGAGUACGAAGGGAUCAAAAGUCAACAGGAGUGGGAGGUACGCCAACUUUGCCGUCGUUCUUCUUUGAAUUCAUUUAGUUUAGCUUCGAUGAGGUGCUCCCCCACCUUGAUCCGAAGCCUAUGCCAUUCACAAAACCCAAUCUUCUGGAUCAAUGCCACGAAUCAUCACGUGGAAGUUCUUCAACUUUUGAUGGAUCUUGAGUGGCAUAUUCUAGUGUAACCAAGCCUUGAAUCUGUACGUCUUUUUGCCUAUAGUUGGAACCACUAGUGCUUCAUUUAGUGCUUUGACUUAGCUUAUUUUUGGAGCUUCCAAUUAGACUAGCUAAACACUAGUAUAUUCUAGUCUUCAGGACUAAGGAAGCUGGGGAAACAAGAUUUGUGGUACACUUUUCCUUCAUUCUGGUGACUUCUGUAGUCUCUUUUCUGUGGGCAGAGGGGUACGGGAGAUUUGAAAUGGCCAAAGAAAGAGGUUGAGCAUGAAUGGCAACUGUAUAUUGAAUAAUAGAAAUAAGGUUGAUGAGGAAAAGCUUAUUUUUGGCGUAACUAGUAGUCGAUUUCAUCAUUGAUCUUUCUCAUAUGAAUUUUCUAUUCUCUUUCCAUAUAUCACUGAUAUUUCGGAUUUAAGGAAGUCAACUUUAUAAUUCUACGAAUUCGAAGUUAUAAAUUAGAUUCUUUGAGCAGGAAUUAGAAAUAAUGGGAGGCUAAACAUUAGAAAUCCAGGAGGAGAUGAAUCUUGGCGAAGUUGGUGUUGUCAAGCACAGCUGCCAGUCAAUUCUCCAUCCUAGAUGCCUAAACUCUGUAAUAAAGUAAAAGAAUAUUGGAAGAUCUUUCUUUUGGGAAUGAGGGAACGGUAUCAUACACUUGCACCUCAUUAAAGGGAGGUGGGGGGGGGCGGGGGGGGCUCAUUGGAGUACGAUGACUGGAGAUGUGGGUCAAAUCCAUUUGGAGAUCCUUCAUAGAGUUGUAUUGACCAAAUAUUAUGUUGAUUCGUGCAUACAGAGAACAAAUAGUGGAGUGUGGGAAAUAGAAUUUAAAGCAUGCCUCAACUUCAUCAUCAUCUUGUAGUUGGGGAAGUGUAAGCAAUCCUUGUGUCUUCAUCUGUGACUCCAGUGGAAAGAUGAGUGAGAUUCUGUAAACCCUAUGGCUACAUGACCAUAAUUGUCCAAACUAAUUUCGCAGGUUGUAUGAGCCCGCUAACAUAAUGGGAUGGCAACUUUUUCGAUUGCCAAUGGGAACUGGAGUUGCACGUUAGGAUAUCUGGCUCUGAUGAAAUCCAGGAGAUGGAAAACUGGGGAUUUCCUCUGUGUUGAGAAGUUAACUAUUUCUGUGAUCAUGAAUACCAAGAUUAGGAUAGGAAAGCUUGAAAAUAUUAACUGUUGGUAUUUCUCACUGAAUUCUUAUGCGAAAAGUGUUUACUUCAUUUGAAACUUUAGUGGACUAAUGUUGUGUCGAUUAAAAGUAUAUUGUACAAAAUUACCAUCUGGAUUUGUUGUUGAUGUAGGGAAAAAAUUAUUGUGAACUGAUUCAAUUUUGUCUUAUUUAGGAAAAUAUCGAUAAUAACAUGUAGCAUGCUGCCUUGAAUAUGUGACAUCAUGUGGUAUGCAUGUAAUGAUACAUUGUUUGCUGGCUUUUUUUUUGGGAGACAAUGUGUCAUUGAAUGUCGAUUAUGUCAGCAACUUUCGUGAUGUCUGGUGAAGAAAAAAUAGUUGCCAUAUACUUAACUCAUGCCUUCUAGAUUUAACGUCUCCUUAAAAGGUUGGUGGAUGGACAAAAUUGGGUCACCUGUCCAGAGGGCACAAUGGAUAUAUAAACUUAAAGAGUCAGAAGUCUUUUAAUAUUUGAGUCUUACCAUUUCUAUAAUAUUUUAACCUCUGGCUUUGUAGGAAAGACGGGUUACGUGGUCUUUUUCUCCCAGUUUUCUAAAACUUGGGUGGUGUCUGAGCCAUUGCAUCUUAUGUCAUUUGUUGAAGUGUUUUUUUCCCAAACAAAGAUGAAUUAAAAGGAGGAAUCUAUAACUAAUGAAUCUUUGCAAGUGAACGAACUCACAACCCUUAUUAAUCCUAUAGAAGGCUUGCCUUUUGUCGUGAAUCAUGUAUCUAUUCUUUGAAUUCCCAUUUAUCCACCAUUUAGAAAUCAUUUUAUUCUUCAGCAGACAGUCCGUAUAGCACAACUUAUAUUGCCUCAUACCAUGUAAUUCGUCUUUAGCAGAAGAGGAUGGAUUCUCAUUGAAUAAAAGGAAGAACAAUGGGAAAAUGUGUCAAGAUUGUCAUUGUGGCUAAAGGAUAUGUACAGAUCAAUACAGGAGCCUUAGAUUGUUGAGCUGUUGUUUUUUGACCAACUCUUCGGAAUGUUGAUAGAAAGUUUUCAGUUUGAUAAAUGUUUUCAUCUUCACCCUAAAUUGUGCCAGAAAGUGCCUAUGCUUUUGCUUCUACAAAAUCCAGUGAUAGAUGUACUCAUCAAUCUUUUGGUUUGUCUCCAUUUCACCGAAAUGAAGUUUGAGUAAAUAAUAUGGGUCUUAAAUGACUCAGACGAAAAACUCAGGAAAAGCAGCUAGAAAUCAUGUCAAAUGUCCAAAAGAACUGUUUGCCUUUUUUGAUGCCACUCAGACAAGUAGAAACAAUGUAAACUCUCUGAUAUUCUGGGAAAAAAAAAGUGGUAUCAGCUCUUUUCUAUAUGAAUAUGCUUUAUCUGUUGAUGCAUGGUUUGAGCACUAUCUACACUCUGUAAAAUUCAUGCGAUAAGCUUUCAUUCGGAUAGAGGCUUGGGCAACCAUUUUACCUGGUUCUUUGUUCUCUCUUCUAUUCUUAACCCACGUUUAGAGCUCCCUACUUUGGAGUGGCCGGUGGAAGGAAGCAAGUACGUGGAAUUUUGCCGGCCUUCUUUGAAAGACUUUGUGUAUGUGAAUUUUUUUGUAGUCACGUUUUGGCUUGCAACAUGUGACUCUAUUUACAUGUUGGACGUCUGCGUCUGUCACUGGUUGUUUGUAGGUUCUGUAGCGAUUUUUGAAAAGAUAGACAUAUGUUGAACUUAUUGGCCUGCAUUGUAGAAAGUUUAUUUUACAGCCGAUACCCAUUAUUUAUUUAUUUAUUUAUUUUGAAGUGGGUAGUUUGCUGACGGAUACAUGAUUAGUCAAAUCUUUGUAUUUGAUCUGGGGCCCUACUUCUUAUUUAUCUCUAUCCAGCAUGUAUAGACUAUAUUAUAAAGUUCCCCGACACAUUCUUUCUCUUUGAUAGUGGUUGCAUACAUCUGAAGAAUGUCAAUUCAUGAUAAUAAUUAGAGACAAUGAUGUGUGCUCUUGAUAAUCUAUGUACCCUUUUAUCUUAACCAGGAUGUUGUGAAAGAAACAAUGGAGAAGGCACCAGUGUUGAAAGAACUUGUUGACUUCUAUAGUGGCCCUGACAGAGUAACAGCGAAACAGCAACAUCAAGAGUUAGAAAGGGUCGCAAACACUUUACCUGAGAACAUACCUUCUUCUGUGAGGCGGUUCACUGAUCGUGCUAUGCUGUCACUGAAGGUUCCAUUAUCUUCCCACACUUUACUAUUCUUGUUAUGAUAAUAGGUCAUUGAUUUUUCUUCAGAUGUAUCUAAUGAUUUAAAUUUAUUAAUUUUCUACCUCCAUGGUUAUUCAAGUGAUUCUAAUUUUGUUUUAUAUUCCCUAACAUACCAAAAUUGGGCACCAUUCUAAUUGUGUUAAUAUAACCUUGGAGUCAAUGGAAUCACAGUUUGAGCUAGCCAAGUUAGACCUCAAAUCAUUAGCAAUAAAACUUUUAGAAUCGAAGGUUGCAUGCCAUGAUCUAGUUGAAGGUUGCUCCUUGCUUGCUCAUGGAUAUCAAUGUUCAGUGUCAUGGGUGUAACUGUUUUCUUCAGACGGUUUCAAUAGGGAUUGAUAAUUUUUAUUUUUUUGGGUGUAUUUUAUUUUACUUACUGUCAGUCUCUUUUCCGCUUUCAGAUUUAAGAGCUCCAGUUGAGCUAGAUUUAAGUCUAAUGUUUGUCUCUUGGAUAUAGUUUAUGGAUCAACUGUGCUUGAUUUCAUCGAUGAAAAGGAAAAACCCAAACGAGGUCGAUUCGAUUGGGAAUCAUUCUCCAAGAAUCCUCACACCUUGGUGUCUUUUUAAAGGCUUUUAAAAAGGCUCCUUCCAUGAUUCUUCAUCCUCAAAACGUUAAGAAUCUCUGGACGUUUUUGUCUAUUUCUAUAAAUGGACUAUGAAAAAUAGCUUGGAGAAACAAAUGAGCAUCAUCAAAUAGAAAACUUAGUAACGAAAAGAUUUGAUCCAUCCUAAGUCAUUGUGAAUUUACUAUUUUUGUUGUGCCAAUUCUAUUAGGUUUGCCCAUUUUCCAGAUGGUUGGGAAUCAUAUAUUAAACCCCAUGAUAUCAUAUUGCAUGCAAAGGAUUAUGUUGAAUUUGGGUGAAUUCGAUAGGAACAUAUUUCCAAUUUAACAACUGAAAAAACUGAGAAAAAGACAUCCUGCUAUCAUUCUUCAUUCAUCUUUUUGUUUCUUAUUACCCAUAUUCACACAUUUUUCUGUUGCCUUCAUCGUCCUCAUGCUUGAUCUUGAGAUGCCCAGAAUUUCUCAACAGAUUAUAUAAAGAUAAUAUGCUAUCACUUUCUGAUUUUCUUCUCUCUUGCAGAAUAAUCCUGGCUGGGGAUUUGGCAAGAAAUGCCAGUUCAUGGACAAGCUCACCUGGGAGAUUUCUCAGCAAUACAAAUAA